AUCUCAUUACAAAUCCUUCCAUCUCCAUAUAAAAUGAUUUCCUGCAAAAGAAAAGUCUGCAGAUGGCAAAACAGAUGGGAAUAAAGAGAACACGAAAGCUGAAAAUCCAGGAAGCUGCUUCCAUGAGCUCACAGAGCACAGCAUAUCCUGUGAAUAAUACUUUUGUGCAUCCGGAAAUGUUUUCCAUAAGUGGUUUACAAGACAUGCCCUUUGCCAACUGUUUUUAUAUUUUUUUAUUUAUUACGUAUAUUGUUACACUGCUUUGUAAUGUUUUUGUUAUUGUAUUAAUAUAUUCUGAGCAAAGUCUUCACAAUCCAAAAUAUCUUGCUGUUAGUCAUUUAGCCUUUGUUGAUUUAUGUUCAACUACAGCCAUCAUUCCUAAACUAAUCGAAAUGUUUCUUUUUACCUCCAAUUUUAUAACAUAUAAAGCGUGUUUGGCUAACAUGUUUUUUGUUCAUUGUUUUAAUGCUGUACAAUCACUUUCACUGUUGAUAUUAGCUUAUGACCGAUUUCUUGCCAUAUGCUUCCCUUUGCAAUAUCACAGCAUUAAUACUAAUAGCAGGAUGAUAAUAAUUAUAUUCUCAGCUUGGAUGAUUUCUGCUGUUACAUUAUCUAUAAUGGUCCUCCUGAUUACCAGGCUCAGCUUCUGCAGGUCUACGGUGGUACAGAGUUAUUUCUGUGAUCAUGGACCUGUGUACCGCUUGGCCUGCAAUGAUUUUUAUCCAAACUAUAUAAUGACGUUUCUUGUCACUGCACUGCUGCUUUUUGUACCCCUGACACUCAUUCUCUUCUCAUAUGUAGCCAUUGGAAUUGCAUUGUCAAAAAUUACGACAGCAGAAGGAAGGCAGAAAGCGUUUAAAACCUGUACGUCACACAUCAUCUUGGUGACAAUGUUUUAUCUUCCAAAGGCAAUUAUAUACAUGGCAGCUCCACUAGUCAGUUUUCAUCCUAAUGUAAGAAUUGUAAGUAAUUCAUUGUCUGAAAUAAUUCCACCAAUGAUGAACCCCAUAAUUUAUACACUGAAAACUGAUGAGAUGAUGGAGUCAAUCAAAAAACAUUUUAUAAGAAUACAAGAUAAAGACAGAAAAAUAUAA